AGUUUAACAAAUAUUGUACUCCUGUCUAGAACAGUUAUUUAACUUGAUAAAUCUGGAGCAGUCUAUUUUAUUUUAUAAUUAGUAAACUAUCGGAUCAUGAAUUUUCUUGAUAAAAAGUUGGUAGAACAUAAAAGAUAUUAACAAACCAUGUUUUAUUUAUAUAUAAUACAAAAAAAAAAAAUUGUUCAAAUCAAGAAAUUUUUAUGCCUAAAAUGAAAAAAAAAAAAACUGUGACAUUCAUUUGCAUUUUCAAUUUUCAAAAUACACGUAUAUUUCUGAAAUGUACUUAUAGCAAUAAAAUCAAAACAAUGAGUAAUAAUUAUGAUUAAAAAGUUCGAGAUAAGUGUGUUAUAUAUAACUUGAAGUAAGAUUAUAAAAAAUUAUUUAAGUUUUUUAAAAAUCAAGAAAUUUGUCAUAGAUAUGUUCCUGGGAAAGUACUUUAAGAGAAUCAAUGGAUUGAAAUACAAAAAUAUUACAAUGAACAUUUUAAUUCUUGCUGUAUUAGUAGCCAUCCUAGGGUACUCAAAUGGACAAGAGAAAACAACUUAUCCACCACUUAAUCGAGGAGCAGCUAGGCAAAUGUUUGGCAGUGGAAAAUUGCGUCAACCUGAUCGAAAUUUUAUGCGAUCAACACCAGCCACUAAUGAUACAGAAAUUAAAAAAUCACAAAAAUCAAGAAACGACGUUAGCAAGAAUAAUAACAACAAUGAAAAUCAUCGCCUCCAUAAAUUUCGCGAUCAUGAAUACUCAACUGAUAAUCACGAUUCAAUGGAAUUUCUCCCACAUUUUGAUCCUAAGCAACCUCUGUAUGUACCUGAAGACAUUAGGCCAAUUGAUAGUCAAAGUUAUCGAAAUAGUGCAUCAGUACCCGGAACGAGAUUACCAGGAACAAUCAACAAUUUUCAACGUCGUGCUUUUGAACGAAGUCGAGAUGAACAGAGUGCUGGGCUUUAUGAAUAUGAUACGAAAUUUGAAGACAGAUUGAGGAUACUACAUGAACCAGCUCAUGGAGGUGAUGCCAAACCAAUUGAUCAAAAGACACUUAUUCAUGGCGUCGAGGAUGAAAAUGAUUUCAACCCAAUAUUGACAACAUCUUGCAAAUAUAGUUGUGGUGGUGAUCAGUUUAAAUGUAUCGAUACAUGCGAUUGUAUCGACUUGUAUCUUCGUUGUGAUGGUUCAAUUGAUUGUGAAAAUGGUGAAGACGAACAGUACUGCGAUGAAGUAUUCGCAGCAAGAAAAAAUAACGGUACUUGUCAUGGGGAACGAAAUCUCCUAUGUCCCGAGUCUGGCUAUUGUAUAUCCGAACAAUGGUUGUGUGAUGGUGACGAUGAUUGUGGCGAUUACUCGGAUGAAUCUCACUGUGGUACUAAGGAAAAUUGUACUAGUGAUCAAUUUGAAUGUCGCAAUGGUCUGUGUGUACAAAAAUCAUGGCAGUGUGAUGGUGAAAACGAUUGUAGAGAUUUUUCUGAUGAAGAGUAUUGUGCUGAAAAUAAAAAGUGUGAAGAUGAUGAGCAUACAUGUCCAGAUGGUACUUGUGUUCUUAAAAUUUACAUGUGUGACGGAGACCGCGAUUGUGAUGAUGGUUCCGAUGAAGAUAAUUGCCAUGGGCUUCGAGAGGUUCAUUGCACUGAAAAUUAUUUUGAGUGUUCAACACCAAGAUGUAUUAGAAAAGAAUUCAGAUGUGAUGGUAAUGAUGAUUGCGGUGAUGCUAGUGAUGAAGAAAAUUGCCCAAGUGUAUUUGAUAAUUGUCAUGGAAAUCAAUUCAAGUGUCGAAAUAAUCAGUGCAUCAGUAAAAUACAUAUUUGUGAUGGACAAAAUGACUGCAAGGAUGGAGAAGAUGAGACAAACUGUCAGGAUCCAACGAGCCGAAGCUGUUCAGUAACUGAUGAAUUUAUGUGUAACUCGGGAACUUGCGUACCGCGUAAAUGGAUUUGCGAUGGUGUUCCUGAUUGUUCAAACGGUGAGGAUGAAGAAGGCUGUCCUCUUGCUUGUGAUGCAACUCAAUUUCUCUGCAAAGCUAAAUUGGUAUCAUUAAAUACAACUUCUCCAAGCUCUGUAACACAUGACUUUGAAAUUCCAACAGCUCACAUUCAUGCAUUCUGCAUUAGCAAAAAACAUCAAUGUGAUGGUUUUCCAGAUUGUCCAUUGAAAGAAGAUGAAUACAACUGUCCAAAAAAGCGGCCAUGUAAAAAAACUGACAAGUGCUCACAACAAUGUAUAUUAACUGUCAAUAAUAAAAAUGCAUGUUCGUGUGAAUCUGGGUAUACACUAGGAAAUGAUAAUGCAACAUGUUACGACAUCAAUGAAUGUGAAUUUGAAAAAGAACCUGUUUGUAGUCAAUUAUGCAAAAAUACAGUUGGUUCUUUUAUGUGCAAUUGUAUAGUUGGUUACGUAUUACGACCAGAUUUACGUACUUGUAAAGCAAUUGGUGGGAAUCCAAGUUUAAUAUUAACAAAUCGAGUUGAUAUUAGAAAAAUAAACAUAUCACCAGCUACUGAUAUAAAAUAUACACCUAUAUUAAAAAGUCUCCACAAUGCCAUUGCAAUGGAUUAUCAUUAUGAAAAAGAUGUAAUUUACUGGUCUGAUGUAUCACUCGAUGUUAUAAAAAAAGUUUAUUUGAAUGGCUCAUCACAAGAUGAUGUAAUACGCUGGGGAUUAGAAAGUCCAGGUGGUGUUGCUAUUGAUUGGAUACAUGAUUUAUUAUUUUGGACCGAUUCUGGUACAAGAAGAGUUGAAGUUAUUACUCUAGAAUCGAAAAUACGUCAUGUUUUGAUAUCAAGUGAUCUUGAUAAGCCACGAGCAAUUGCUGUUCAUCCGCAUUAUGGGUACGUUUUUUGGACAGAUUGGGGACCGAAUCCUAAAAUUGAACGGGCUGAUAUGGAUGGUUCGGGGAGAAUUUCCUUAAUAACUGAUUCAAUAACAUGGCCAAACGGUUUGACAAUUGAUUACCCAACUGAAAAAAUAUAUUGGACAGAUGCAAAACAUCCUGCUAUACUGUCUGCUAAACUAGAUGGCACGGAUAGAAGAAAAAUACUUAGCAAAGGACUUCAUCAUCCUUUUGCAAUAACAGUGUUCGAGGAUUUAAUUUAUUGGACUGACUGGCAUUUCAAAAGUAUAUCAUCAGCCAACAAAAUCACUGGUCGGACAUUCAGAACAAUUAGAUCUGGACUACACUUUCCCAUGGAUCUACACAGUUAUCAUAAACAGCGACAGCCAUCGUACAGUAAUCAUUGUGGAAAAAACAAUGGAAAGUGUUCACACAUGUGUUUGCCGAAUAGUGCUGGCUACAGUUGUGUUUGUCCGGUUGGAUUAAAGAUCGAACACGACGGUAAAAAUUGUGCUGCUACAGUAGAUAAUCUUUUGAUAUUUGCUAGAAAGAGAGAUCUUCGAUUGAUACCGAUUAAUCAGUCAACGAGGGUUUUUGAUACCGUUAUUCCAGUCGAUCAUGUGCAAAGUGCUGUUGCUCUAACUUGGGACGCUAACGAAGAUAUGAUUUACUGGACGGAUGUUGAAUCUGAUACCAUCAGUCGAGCGCAUUUAAACGGAACUAAUCAGAGCAUUAUUAUUAAUCAUAAUCUGGAAUCACCAGCAGGGCUUGCUAUGGAUUGGGUCACGAAAAAACUAUACUGGACUGAUGCUGGAAUGAGUAGAAUUGAGUGUUCUAACAUCGAUGGAAGCAUGAGGUCAUUGCUGGUUUAUGAAGGACUUGAUAAGCCACGAGAUAUUGUUGUCGAUCCAACUGUUGGCUGGAUGUACUUUAGUGAUUGGGGAAUAAAACCAAAAAUUGAAAGAGUAGCUAUGGACGGCCAUAAAAGAUCAGUGUUGAUUGGUGAAAAUGUAAUUUGGCCAAAUGGUUUAGCAAUUGAUUUUGAAACGCGACGACUUUACUGGGCAGACGGUGGCAUGAAAAGUAUUGAAUACAUCAAUAUGGAUACAAAUACUAAACCUACGCGUGUUCGAUUGCAAUCAGACCUGCCACAUCCAUUCGGUUUGGUGAUUCAUCAAAACAAAGUUUACUGGACGGAUUGGGAUACUAAAAGUAUUCAUCGUGCCAACAAGGACAAUGGCGAAAAUUCAACUGUCGUACGAUCAAAUAUAUCCGGGCUUAUGGAUGUUAGAACAUUUCAUAGGAAUCGACCAGUUGUUACAAAUCCUUGUGCUCGUGGAAAUGGUGGGUGCUCACAUUUGUGUCUUCUUGUACCAGAUAAAUCAGUGGGAAGCUAUUCUUGCGGUUGUCCUACUGGUUUAACAUUCAAUAAAAAUCGGAAACAGUGCCGAUCCAUGCCAGCUAGUUUUCUUAUUUUCGCACAUCGAGUGGACAUUCGUGUAAUAUCAUUUGAUGUUGCCUAUAAGGUGGAUGUUGUAUUGUCUAUUGAUUUUUUGAAAAAUGCAAGUGGUGUAGACGUCGACUGGAAAAAAGGUGAUGUUUAUUAUACUGAUCCGGGAUCAGAUAUUAUUGCAAAGACAAGUUUUGAUGGAAAGUCAUCGCAAAUUAUUAUUAAUUCAAGUAUUGAUGCUGUUGACAGUCUUGUGGUAGAUGUGAUUGGUCGAAAGCUUUACUGGACUGAUGCUGGUUUAAACAGCAUCGAAGUAUCUGAACUUAAUGGAACAAACCGAAAGGUUUUAAUUUGGUCUGGUCUUGAUAAUCCUCGAGCAAUUGCUUUGUACUACGCAAAAGGUCUUAUGUUCUGGACAGACUGGGGUAAUAAUGCAAGAAUAGAACGAGCCAAUAUGGAUGGUGAAGAAAGAUCGACCGUCAUUACCGAAAAUCUUGUCUGGCCAAAUGGUCUGACAAUCGAUAUACAAACAAACAGACUCUACUGGAAUGAUGCCAAGAAAAAAGUCAUUGAAACAUCUGAUCUUGAUGGAUCAAACAGGAAAGUGCUGAUGAAAGGAGUUCAACAUCCAUAUGGUCUUUCUAUAAUGGGGGAUCUUUUGUACUGGAGUGAUUGGCAAACAAAAUCAAUUCAUCAGGUCAAUAAAUAUACCGGAAAAGAUGCUAGAGUUAUUGUUAACAAACUCGAUGGAAUAAUGGAUGUCAGAACAAUAAAUACACAAGAUAUAAAAGGUCAAGACGAUGUUUGCAAAAUAAAAAAUGGUCAUUGCUCUCACCUCUGUCUCCGUAAUCCACGUAAUUAUAGUUGUGCCUGCCCAACGGGGAUUCUUCUCAAAAGUGACCAAAAAACAUGUGAAACAGGUCCACUAAAUUACCUUCUUUUUGCUGCUCGUAAAACCCUUGCUCGAAUGUCAUUUGAUACUCUAGAAAAAUGGGAAGUCAGUCUACCAAUUAAAAAUAUUCACAAUGUUUAUUCAGCUGAUUUUCAUUGGAAAAAAAAUUUAAUUAUCUACACGGAUAUUCAUCUUCACGUUAUACAAACAGUUAACAUGCGUAAUUUUUCUGAUGUCAGAACAAUCAUAUCAGAGUCUGGUCAUGCUGAUGCAUCACCUUUCAAAUUGGCUAUUGAUUGGCUAGCUGACAAUGUUUACUGGACAGUGACAAAAAAAAAAAUUAUUGAAGUCGCAAAAUUAGAUGGCAGUUGUCGAAAAAUACUCUUAACAGAUUUGGAUGAUCCUUGGUCGAUUGCUGUUUUUCCCAAACUUGGAUACCUCUUUUGGACUGAAUGGGGAAAUCAUCGAAGUAUCCUACGAUCUUAUCUGGAUGGAACAAACAAAAAAACCAUCAUUUCAACUGAUUUGUCUUAUCCAAAUGGACUUAGUAUUGAUUUUGAUAGUAAAAAGAUAUAUUGGGCUGAUACUAUGAAGAAUAGAAUUGAAAUGGCAGAUUUAAAUGGUAACUAUCGUGUUCAAAUUGUUCCUGUUGCGAACAGACCUUAUGGAUUGUCACAGUAUGGAGAAUAUAUAUUUUGGGCUGGAUGGGAUCAGGACAUUAUUCAACGAGCUGAUAAAGCAACUGGUAAUGGCAGAAUAAAUAUGAGGAUUUCGAUGAAAGAAGUCACUGGAAUAAAAGCAGUAUCAAAAGAUCGUCAAAAAGGAUGGAGUCCAUGUGUAGUUGAUAAUGGUGGAUGCAGUCACCUCUGUUUGUUCGCUAGAAAAAAUUAUACGUGUGCUUGUCCAGAUGCUAUCGAUCAAAGUUGUUCAACAAAAUCUAAAAUGCUGGUUCCGAUUAGAAAGCCGGGAACUGAAAAUGAUCGUGAAUAUGAUGAACACAUUGAGGAAGAUAAACAACAAGAAAUAAGUAACAAAGUAACCCAUCACGAUAGUGAUGAUAAAUUUAAAAAAUUUAAAACAAAUAAAGAGAAAAGUUACACAACAAUAACAAUAUCAAUUAUCAUUAUCGCAAUAAUUACAAUCAUAAUGAUAAUUGCCAUCGUUUAUCUUGUUUGUCAAAGAAAACCAAAACAGGACAAAUAUAUGUAUCCUAAUCGAAGAAAUGUACUGACAUUUUCAAAUCCUAAUUAUAGUGCAUCAGAUCUUGACACUGGAAAUAGUAAUCCGUUGCCAGAAAAAAAAGCAUCAAUAUGGAAAAGAUUUAAAUAUGAUAAUUCACAGAUAGAACAAGCUAAAGAGGGAGUAUUGGAACCAGUAGUACUCGCCAUACUUGAGACCACAACACCAGCACCACUGGUUGAUGAGAUGCACCAUCAAAAAAAGACCACAUCACCAACUUUGUCAUCUGCAGAGGGUUUGAUGCUGCACGAGGUGGUCACAUCAGCUGAUAUGGAUACUGUCACAGCGUCUACCAUCACAUCACGUCAGCUAGUUGCUGGCAAAGAUUUAGCAAGGCUUGCAGACAGCGGAGCUGGUAUCCUCAGUGACAUUAGUGAGUCGGAGUUUAGUUUUAGUGACGAAGAGGUAGAGGAUAUUGCGUUCGAACAUAGCAAUGAUGAAUUGAUGUGGCCCAGUAAUCCACCCCUUCCUAAAGCGGUUGUGGAGUCAUCCCCUGCAGGCCUUCAGCCAACCCCCCCACAUCUCACCAGACACUGAUUGUCUUGACCUCGACCUUGUAUUUGAAAAGGAUUUCAAGGAGUUGUUAAGUUCGGAGCCAUCCGCUACCCAAAUGCCUGCCUUGAAAUUCGAUUUGAUGGACCCACGACCAGGUGAUAACUACCAUUUUACCUUUGGUAGAUUCGAUAAGCCCCUCGAUUUUGGAACCGCCCGUCGACUCAAUGAUCCCGAAUUUUAUUUGGAUGAGAAUCUCAAGAUCGUCCGUAGAGUCUAAACCCGUUACUGUGUGGAGUCAUCCCCAGUAAGUUCCCCCGAAAAACACUCAGAACCCCAUAACAGUGUUCCUACUCUUACUGUGGAGCAGUUACCAGCUGCGAGUUUAUCCACUGGUGAUGGUUCUCAAGGAACUUGUAGUGCUGUUAGUCACCCUUCUGGUGCGAUUCCCAAAGUUUAACCCCUACCCCCCAUCAAAACCAAGAGGAAACGUAUCCGCUGCAGCUUGUGUUACGGCCGUAGCCACCUCCGCAACAAUUGCCCUAACCGUCCAGCACUUGAGCUUAUUGAUGAGGUAAGCUCACCCCGAUCAGUCGACUCAGGUGUGGACGCCCGUUCGGUCCUCUCAGACAAAACAUCAUCAAGCCCCACUCCCCCUGCAAUCCAAGCCCUAAUGAGCUUGAAAUUACCAUCAAUUUUGCUCAACCUUUUCGUAGCCAAGUCAUUGUUGCCUUCAAACGUACGAAAAGGGUCAGGACGAGGUUAUCAUUCAGGACGUUGGCGUCCAACCGAAAGAUCUGAUAAUCCAAGGGCAUAUGAACCCAAAUGCAGGGAUUUCGAUUGCCUUUGGAGAAAUCCAAAGUAUCCAGGGCCUGGACCAGAUGAUCU